UAUGCCUAUCUCAAAUAUUGAAAUAUAAAGAUAAUAAUUAUCAUAUGUAGGUGUGAAACUUAUUUCACAGAGAUACUGCCCAGGGUUGCCAAGCGAACAAAAUUUAUUGUACAUAUAUGGAUCAAGUGAAGGAGAAAGUGAACGUCGUGUCGUAUCAGGCCGUCAAGGAAGAGGCAAGAACGGAGAAGGAGAGGAGACAAGAGCGCAGCUCUUAAAUUUAUGAUGAUGAUGACGAUAAUUUCGACUAAUAAACAUUAUCGUACGCAAAUGUACGAUAAUUUAGACCUUGGACGAUUCAAGUCAAAAACUCUUUGGUAUAUGAAGCAAGAAAGUGAGUAGAAAUAUGUUAAAAUUGGCACUUUUCGGGCGUAAGGCGCCUUGAUAUGUCGUCAAAUGAGUAUGACAAAUUUUCCUCCAAACCGUUUGGAAGUAGCACAAAUCGCUGAAAUUUAAAUAAAUAUAAAUAUUAUAGAGACAUUCCUACACAAAUUGAUUAAGUCCCACGGUAAGCUCAAGAAGGCUUGUAUUGUGGGUACUCAGACAACGAUAUAUAUAAUAUAUACAAAUACUAAUACAUAGAAAACAUCCAUGACUCAGGAACAAAUAUCUGUGCUCAUCACACAAAUAAAUGCCCUUACCGGGAUUUGAACCCAGGACCAUCGGCUUGAUAGGCAGGGUCACUACCCACUCUGUCAGAUCGGUCGUCAAAAUAUAGUUGUAUUUAAUGUUAGGAACGUAAAAAGAGCGUACCUGGGUCGCCUAGCAGGAGGACGUCUUAUCGGACGCCCUAGGUAUCGCUGGAGCGACAUGGUGGAGGCGGAUCUGCGCGAGCUUCGAGUCGACAAUUGGCGAGAGGUCGCACAGGACCGAGAAAAGUGGCGCUGUCUUGUGUCGGAGGCCAAGUCUCAUUUUGGGUCGCUGAGCCAACGAAGUAAGUAAGUAAGUAAUGUUAGUUUCACAAGACUUAAAUACCCGUGAACAAGAUGAAUGUAAGUGCGUCUAAAUAGCGGGAGCUGAAAAACAAUAUAAAAGGUAAAGACGGUCUAUAACCCGAUUAAUUUAAGUCUAGCAGAAUGUAGUUUAUUUUAAAUAUAUAUUGGACAUUUAUUUGCUUAUUCUGCAAGUAAUUUUACGAGUAGUGCCUUUUUGCCUGUACAUGUCAUCAUCAUACAUGUACAAUAAUUUAUUCAUCGGUAUUAUAAUUUUGACAAUUAAAUACGAUAAUUCACUUUCGCUCACCUGGCAACCCAGACACAGCCAAGGUUGCUGUGUCGCUAUCUAAUACUAAGGAAGAAUUGUUAUCAACUUUCAAAUGUAUUUCAUAUCUACUCUCAAUAUUUAUACUUCAUUAGACGUUAUUACAUUUUCUGAAUCAUAAAAAGGAAUGUGAAUCCUCUAAAUUUCAAAUUUGACGAUUUUUUUUAUUACGUAAUAUGGAACUUCAUGGCGUAUAACGUACAAUAUUGUAUAGUAAAAGUAUUUAUAAGUGAGUGAGUUCUAAUUAUAAUGUAAAAAAAGUGCAUUUGAAGAAUUACAACUGGGAAAAUCUGAAAAUAUCAAUAGAACAAAAUGACGGACAGGAAAAAAAGGAUUACUCCAUUUAUGAAACAAUGCCUAGUGACUGCAGCAGUCAGCAUCAACAUGAUCGGCUGCGGCGCCUUCUUCGGCUUCCCAGGGAUCCUGCUGCCGCAGCUGCAGAGCCCAGGAUCGCUCAUCAGCAUGACUGAGAACCAGGCAUCUUGGCUAGCUUCUGUGGGGUCAAUUCCUAUGAUCUUCGGCAACUUUCUGGUCCCACCGAUUAUGACGCGCGCAGGGCGGAAAGUGGGGAUCUACUGCGUGAUUCUGAUUUCGAUUCUAAGCUGGUUCAUCCUCUGUCUCGGUACCAGCUAUGAGUGGCUGCUAAUAGGCAGGAUGCUGCAAGGUUUCUCGUUUGGCAUGUUCAUGCCGCUUCGCUCCAUCUUCAUUGGCGAGUGCUCCAGCCCACGCUACCGCGCCGGAUUCCUUUCCACCACCACCCUCGCACUAGCCUUUGGUUUAUGUUUCGUUCAUCUCACUGGAUCACUCCUCAGUUACCAAGUAACGGCUCUCUGCUGCUUAUCCUUCCCUUUUAUCAGCCUUCUCUUGGUGAUAUAUUCACCAGAGUCUCCAAGUUGGCUAGCUACCCAAGGGCAAUACGACAAGUGCAGAAAGAAUUUCAUACGGUUGAGAGGAGAGGAUGAAAUACCAGAGUUAGACAAGCUGAUACAAACAGUAAAGCAUUUAGAGGCGCAACAAACUGAUCAGCGGAAUAAAUUCAGACAAAUUAUCACGAUUAUGAAGAAAAAAGAAUUUUUUAAACCAGUUUUCCUGAUGUCUGCCUUAUUCAUUAUGCAAAAUUAUUCCGGAGGACCAGUUAUGGGAGUAUACGCGGUAACGGUUUUAGGAUUGCUGAUGGGUCCCGAAGUUAACGCUCAUUUCUGGAUGGUGGCUUUAGACUUCAUGAGACUGUUGGCAGGUGGUGUGGCUAUUUAUCUGAUUAACAAAGUUAGAAGAAGAAAAAUGCUGUUUAUUAUAGGAACUUUAAAUGGAGGUAGCCAGCUCUUGAUGGGUGUUUACGUGUUCGCUAGAACCAAUGGAUAUUUGCUCUUCGAUUCUUUGUGGAUACCUGGUAUAUUGGUGAACCUUCAAAUGAUGACCGUUUCCUUGGGAAUGCAGCCGUUGCCGGCCGUGAUAGCUGGUGAGGUAUUCCCAUUGCAGCAUAAGGGUUUAGCAGGAAGUGUUGGUUUAGUAACGCAGUGUUUGUCUGUACUUAUUGUUCUGAGGGCCUUUCCUAGUCUGCUCUCUUCCAUGGGUCUGGAAGGAACAUACGCUGUCUGCUCUGGGGUUAUAGCAGCGUGUCUGACGGUAGCGUGGGUGCUGCUGCCGGAGACGAGCGGCCGGACGCUGCAGCAGAUCGAAGAACACUUCAGGGGGGCUCCGCUCCCAGACCUUGAAGCUGAUGUUAGGGAGUCAGCUCCUUUGAAUGAGAAGCUGAAUGGUGUAGAUAAAAGAGGCAGCGUACUCUUUACAGACACUGAAGCUAAUGUUAUAGAAAAGGAACCGUUAACAAAAAUUGAUGAAAAUUCGUCGAAUGGGAAACCAGUAGUUUACAAUAAGGAGUUUGAGUCACCCCACCACGAGAUGGCGGCACUACAGACAUGGCGGCAGAAUUUACGAAGAGUCGUUUCGCAUAAUCAAGGAUAUAUCUCUGGAAAACAUAGUUAUUCGCUGCAUCUCAAUCAUUUUGGGGAUUUUGCUCCAGUGGAAUACGCCACAAAGAUCUUGAAGCUGAAAAAGACUCCGCACUUAUUCGAUCCUGCGCAUGACCCUUUCAGACGAGAUUUCCAUAAACAUGCCCACAAAAGAGCGCCCAGGCAGGUAGACUGGCGCUCAGCGGGCUUCAAGCCUGUGCGGGAGCAGCAGCACGCUUGCGGCGCGUGCUACGCAUUCGCGGUCGCGCAUGCGCUGCAAGCCCAACUUUAUAAGCGGCAUGGGGACUGGAGCGAGCUGAGCCCCCAACAGAUAAUCGACUGCAGCUACCCCGACGGCAAUCAGGGUUGCGACGGAGGCUCUCUGAAUGCGGCUAUGCGAUACGUCGCCAGAGAAGGACUCAUCAUGGAGAAAUUCUACCCUUAUAAGGGAAAGAAAGGCCGCUGUCGCUACAGCAGAGUCCUCGUGCGGGCCAGGCCGCGGCGCUGGGCUCUCCUGCCGGCCGGGGACGAAGACGCCAUGGAACUAGCUCUGGCUGCCAUCGGGCCUCUCGCUGUUGCUGUUAACGCUGCGCCAUUUACGUUUCAACUUUAUAAGGGUGGCGUUUACGAUGACCUAUUCUGUACACCCUGGCAACUGAACCAUGCUAUGUUACUCGUUGGUUACACCCAGGAGUACUGGAUACUGCUCAACUGGUGGGGGAAGAAUUGGGGGGAGGAUGGGUAUAUGAGGUAGGUUUUUUCAAUACGAUUGUAAACGUCAAAUAAUAAAUAGAUAUUAUUGGAC